AUUGGCCCCCGGCAGCGGAUCACUUGACACACCCCCAUACUCUUUAUCUGUCUUUGACUAUACAUUGUUCAGCUAACCAGUUUCUGUACUCUACUAGUACUAAUCCACCUUGAGCCAAAGAAAUAAAAUGAGCUCACCGGAAAAUGAAGAGGACCUUCUCGACAUCAAAGAAGACCUCAUCGCCAUUCUAGACGAUAUUCGGUCCACAGGUUCCUUUGUGACAAGCGCGAAUCUUCACACCGCAGUGAAUCCCGGCCUUUACAUUCCAAGUGUGGGGAAUAUUCGGCUUCCGAUAUCCGUGGAGGAUGCGAAGGCAAUUAUUCAGGCCUCCCAUCUGAGUCCCUAUGGGAAGGGAACAGAAACCCUAAUAAACGAAUCAGUACGGAAAAGUUGGCAACUCAACGCAGACCAGUUGGCUCUCCAGAAUCCCCUAUGGCAAGCACAGAUUGGCAUGCUCGUGAACAAGGCUGUAACUGGCCUUGGACUGAAGGCAAACUCCCAGGAGGUGAAGGCGGAGUUAUAUAAAUUACUGAUCUAUGAGGAGGGUGCAUUCUUUUUGCCGCACCAGGAUUCUGAAAAGGCCGAUGGCAUGUUCGGAACGCUCACUGUAUGUCUCCCGUCGAAACAUGAAGGAGGGGAUGUGAUCGCCUCUCACCAGGACGAUCGCAUCACAUUCAAAACCGCAUCCACUUCCGAAUUUGGCUUUUCAUGGGCGGCAUGGUAUGCGGAUGUCACCCACGAGGUAAAGCCUGUUACAUCUGGGUAUCGGAUUGUUCUGAUUUACAAUUUGAUCCACCGCCCGUCAGCCGCGCUCCUAGAUUUUCAUGGCAGUAAGACGGAAAAACUUGUUCGUCUGCUGGAAUCUUGGGCCCGCGCCGCUGAUGAAGACCCCAUGCAAUACCUAGAUGGUUGGGAUGAGGGUAUAAGAGACGCCUGCCCGCCAGCGCUCGUCUAUAAACUUGAGCACCAGUAUACCAUGGCGGAGCUUAGCUUUUCUCGACUCAAAGGGGUUGAUCAGUCGCGUUUUGCAGAACUCCAGGAUGCAUGUAGGAGAACGGGGUUCAAUAUCUUCUUAGCUAACAUUGAGAAAAUAGACAUUGGUGGAGUUGAUGAUGAUGGGUACUAUGAUGGGUACUAUGGCGGCUACUCUGACCGGGAUGACUAUGCUGGUAAUGGUACUUACCCCAUUAGAGACCUCAUUGAUUCCAGCCUCGAGUUGUCGCAUGUGGUGAACUCAGAAGGCAUUACGGUCGGAAGGCAUAUACCCUUCAGAGAGGACAUGCUAGUUCAAGAGGGGGUUUUCGACCGCGAUCCAGAUAAUGAAGACUUUCAAGGCUUCACGGGCAAUGAAGGAGCUACAACGACACACUUUUACCACGAGACAGGCGCAUUAAUCAUCCCUGAAAGAUUUCGCUUCUUGUUCGCAUGUCAGCAGUUAAAACGCGGACAGGGCGAUGCUAAACAGUUUCUGGAAGAAUGUCACCAUGUCGUCUCAGAACGGCCAGAUGAUAUGCUGGCCAAGCAAAAGCUGUUACAAGUAUGCAGGGUAAUACUAGCUUCAUCAAGACAUAGCGACAUAGAACAUGACAAGGUUAUGCAAAUUGCACUUGAACUUGCUGACCUACAACUCUUUCGCCGGAUCAUGGAGUCGCUUGGUGGUAAAUUCUCGCCCUCCCAGAUUGCCAAAAUCGCCAAGAUUAUCUCACAGCAUGGCCUCGCCAGUAUUCGCACGUCACUAGACAAACUAUUUGGGAAUGAAAGAUAUGGCACACAGAAAUUGCUUUUUCGACACAUGAAAUUGCUUUCUGACUUGGUCAAAGACUUUCACUCCAUUUGCGGGCAGCAGGAUCAAAAGGCGUUGAGUGAGGUAUUUCAGUGGCAGGAUAUCACUUUUGAUAGAAUUCUAUCUACUGAACUUGGAGGUUCAGAAUCAGACGGGCAUGAUCUGGCAAAAGUGUUGAAUGAUUGCCCUAUACCAGGGACACUCGGAAGGGUUAUGGCUUUCUUGGAGAAGAAGUCGGAGAACACCGCUUUAAUUGUGUCAUUCAUUACAUCGGCCCAUGACUACUCGCACACAGGAAACCUAGACAAGGGUGAGGUGGAUGCAAUGUUUAAAAGGCUUUUUCCAGAGAUUGUUCGAUCUUUCAAAGUUGAAAGGGGAACACGCCUACGCCCUGGUGAAACUUAUGCCUGGAUUUCUUACUGCCAUCCGCCGGAGAAGACCUCACGGAUAUCCCCAGAACUGGUAGUCAAGUUGAUUCAAUCAGCGGACGCUACAGACAACGAUAUCACGGGAAUAAUGAACACCCUUACUGAAUAUACUUUAAAUGUUAAGGGAAGCGAAAUGGAGAGCGCCUUUCAUGAAUUCCUACUUCCCGUGGUGAACGGCCUCUGUGGGCACAUAAAAGCAACAAAGCGUUCCUCUACCACCGGUGAACGGCGAUUUAUCAAACAGGUGUUGACCAAGUAUGUGACUGACUACGUCCAAAGUGCCCCUUCGCCGCCACCCGACUGGAGAGAGAGGACUUCUAUCCGAUGCCACAGUCCGGACUGUCGGGACUGCCCCUCUCUGCGUCGAUUCAUUAAUGAUACAUCCAAGAAGACCAAGGAUUUUCCAAUCGCAGAAAGGCGCAGAAAACACUUGGACCAGCAACUUGAUAAGUCCUGGUUCUACACGACCACCAUAAAAGAGCGCUCACCCUACACACUUCGGGUCGUGAAAACAAAGGCUAUGCUUGUUUCUAACUACCAAGCAUGGACCAUACGAGCAGGAAAUGCGCAGGCUAAGCUACAGCCAUUGUUGCAAAUGGGCAUCAUGGAAGAGAUCCUUGGAGAUGCCUAUGACUCUAUCUUUGCGCACCAAAAUCUCGCAAUCUCCAAUACGUCACAGGCAGUCCUUAGCCACUGGAAUGCUCGAAACACAGUUCAAAGCACAGUGCCGGCCAAGCGCCCUUUUGAGCGAUGAAAAUGAUCUCCUUUCGCCCACACUUACACUUUCUCUCUCC